UGGAUUGUUAUCCAACAAAGGAUCAACAACCUACAAAGUUUCAAUCAAAGCUGGAAUGUUUAUAAAUUUGGUUUCGGAACUUACAACCAAAACUUCUGGCUGGGCUUGGAACAACUUCAUCAGUUGACUAAAGCGGCCGAUUACAGAUUGAGAUUUGAAGUUCUCCUCUCUGGUAUUUGGGUUUCUGAUCAAUAUAAUCAUUUCAGGAUAAACUCAGAGCUGGAAAAAUAUUCCAUCAAUGUGUCGGGGUACUCCGGGAUAACAUGGAUUUUUCGUCACAACGGUGUAAUGUUUUCAACUCCAGACCAAGACAACAGCCCGCAGAAAACAAACUGUGCUGGAAAAAAUUCGAAUGGAAACUGGUUUGUGAACUGUUACUGUCAGAAUGUCAAUGGAAGGUAUGGUUCGACGUUCUAUUACGCUUUGUACAAUGCUCAUGUUGCCAUAACUUCCUGUAGAAUGAUGAUCAAACUCAACAUUUGA